AUGUUCCAAUCUUUCACUGGCAACUCUCGACGCCCGCGGCAGGUGAACCUCAGUGGCCGUGCCACUAAUCCUUUCGCCGCAUUCCCCGGAGGAUCGCCUAGCCGAACAGCCCCCCAUGCCGCAAACCCCGAAAGUGCAGUCGCAAAUGCCCAACGGGAACGAGCCCUGAGGCAGCACGAGAGAAACCGACAGACCGCAUGCCGCACCGUUCAACGAGUUUGGCGGGGUCAUCGGAGCAGAACAGCCACCUAUAAGAGGUGGAAAUCGGAAUGGGAUACAUUUGAGUGGGAGAGGGUCAUUAAUGCCCUAGAAAUUGACGAUAAUGAGGGGCCUAUGACGGAUGUCGAGCGGCUAGAAUGUCUAUCACGCCUUUCUGCACCGCCAUACCCCACAGCAGAGCAAUGUCUCAGCCAACUCAGGCUGUUGGUUCAGUUUGUGGGAUCCGCGAGGAGACAGGAGGAUGUUCUCCGGCUGGUGUACUUCUGCAACAUCUUUGAGAAAACCCUGAACGCUCUUCCUACGAUCGCCACGGAAGGUGAAUGGACCGAGCUAUUGAAAAGACUGGCAAUUGCUAUUCUUCAUGCUCUUAGCUUGGCAACGGCAACAUCGACUCAUAGCGCAGCAGUCUUACCUCUCCUUCGGACAGUGGUCUUCCUGGUCGAUUUGAUACCAAAGCGGAUGGCAGCAAGUGCCAAAACUUACUACCAAGCGAUGGCGAGCUUGACAAAGAACCUUGAGCUUUUUGGAGACAAUAUUUCUCCGAACUAUGUCACAAAUGCUGUGAUCGCUCUUCUGCGCCCUAUCACUUCAGAAACCAUGACAGCCUACGAAGCGUUUGCCAUUUCAUAUCUGACUAUUCCAAACUUAGCCGGCUAUCUUGGUGCGCUUGACGGAUUGGCGCACCAGAUCAAUUAUAAGGUGCUUGCAUCAGCGAUUGAGACUUCAGUUCUUCCAGCUCAACAAGGCUUGUUAGCCGGGAACGUUGAGGGUCAAUUUUGGCUGCUUGCAUAUCUUAUCUUCUUCCACCGUUAUGCUCUCCCAGGCCAAGCCAACCUGCAAGCCCCUGAUCUUGGCUUCUUGAGUGUGGUAUCUGGGCUGCUCAACUCAACAUCUAUUCAUCUCACACGGUCCUUGGAGGCAGAGGAAUCAAACGAGACAGAUUCCUUCGGUGGCCCUUCUUUGCAUCCAUUCGUCAAAGAUCAAAUUACUAGCCUUGUUAAUCAGAGCAGCAUCACGGGACUUCUUUCACGCAUCAAAACAUCUCAUAUCUCUCAGACAGAUUUGUCAAACCGCGAAUCUGACGCUUCGAGAGAAGCAAAGAUCCUUGCGACGUAUGCGCUGAACUUGCUGAGGGUAUUCCCUCGGCGUGGUGAUGACAUUCGCAUGUGGUUGUACCUGGGAUCUGCGCCGUCGGGAAAUCAGACAUCCGAACAACCAGGCACAAAGAUACCGGCAAUUAAAUAUUUUUGGCAGGCAUCCAAGUCCAGUCGAAUCUUCGACAUAAUCAGCAACGACUCUACCAAGGUUCUCCCACUACUGCAGCCGCAGAAAGAUAGUGAUGAUCGUGUCAAUGUUUCACAAGAAGAUCGGGAUCAGGAAUGGACAAUCGUUCUUCUGUUCUUCGAACUAUACACAUUUUUGUUAAAGGUCAUGGACGACGAAGAGUUCUUUUCAAGCGCGUCGCCAUUUGCAGCGUCGGCAAAUGUGCAGUCCUCAUGGACCAAGGAGAGUGCGCUCCCCCUCAAAGAUAUUAAAGACAUGACAGUCUUUCUCAAAAAUCUCGCAUUUACCCUCUACUGGAACCUUGCCGACUUGACGAGCAAAGGGGAUCCCUCGCCUUCUACUGGAGACCUCAGCAGCUAUUUCAACAACCCAACGCAACCCUCUGUGUCAAUUGAACGGUCUGAAGUGGAGGCUAAAGAGCAAUCCAACGAUCUGCCUGGCGUGACAGGUAUACCACUUGAAUACUUUAAAGGUUUGGUGACAGGUUUGCUUAGAAUGUUACAUGAGCGAGAUUCGCGAAGGAAAUUCCUCCCCCAGGACCAUUGGCUUAUGACCGAUCGAUUUGAUAUGGAAGGGUUCAUCCCAGCCGUUGUAGCAGAAGAAGAGAAACGCCACGAGUUCCAAGAGGACGAGGAGGAGGAUGAAACGGAUCUUCUGGAUGAUGACACUCGACAAGAUCCCCACCUUGUUGGAAAUAGCCAUGCCCGUCAAUUGAUUCGCAUCCAAGCUAUGCGAGAUCGUCAACUCAAGGCUGCUCGAGGAAAAGCCCUAGCCCUUAUUGCCCCAAGAUUAGAAAUUCUUAGGAACAUGCCUUUCUUUAUUCCGUUUGCCACGAGAGUGCAGAUAUUCCGCCAGUUCAUAUUCAGAGACCAACAGCGUCGCCGCAAAGGGUUUGUUGACCCUGAGUCAUGGCGCCUGUCUGUGGCCCAGAGCGCCAUGAUGAACGGACCAACCAAUGGUACAGACAUUUUGGCUCGACACCAUGCCGACAUCAGACGGGAGAGUGUAUUUGAAGAUGCAUUUUCUCAGUUCUACGGCCUGGGCGACGGCCUCAAAGAGCCAAUACAGAUCAGUUUUAUCGACCAAUUUGGAGCAAUGGAAGCUGGCAUUGACGGAGGUGGAGUGACAAAGGAAUUCCUUACCAGCGUCACUUCGCAAGCCUUCAAGACCAACGAACACGAGAGUAUGUUUGCCGAAAAUGACCACCAUCUAUUGUAUCCACACCCUGCUGCGGUUGAUCAACGCAAAGCCAUACUCAACGAGGCUGGACUGCCAAGCUCAAGCAUCGAAUGGCAAGAUGAAGUGCGUGGUCUUCUUCGACGGUAUGAGUUCCUCGGGCGAGUCAUCGGAAAAUGUCUCUACGAAGGGAUCUUGGUUGAUGUCAAUUUUGCACCAUUCUUUUUGUUGAAGUGGGCCUUGACGGGUGGAAGUAGGUCUGCAGUAAAAGAAUCUUCUUACCGUGCCAACUUGAACGAUUUGAAGGACCUUGAUGAAGGGCUGUACCAAGGCUUGCUGCAACUGAAAAAUUACCCCGGCAACGUGGAAGACUUUGCUCUUGACUUUACCAUCAACAACACAAUUCCCAUGCCUAGUGGAAGAAAUCGAACUGCCACAGUGGAAUUGAAACCAAAUGGCUCGCAAACUGCCGUGACCAACAAGAACCGAUUGGUCUACAUAUCUUACGUAGCUCGUUACCGCCUGCAGUUGCAACCUGCCAUGCAGACCAAUGCCUUCCUGCAGGGUCUUGGCCAGAUCAUUCAACCCGCCUGGCUAUCCAUGUUCAAUCAAUCUGAGUUGCAAACUUUGGUAAGCGGAGACAAAGCUGAUAUUGACGUGGAAGAUUUGCGUCGCAACACCCUUUAUGGAGGAGUGUAUGUGAUAGGAGAUGACAACAUGGAACACCCUACCAUCGCAUUGUUCUGGCAAGUCAUGCACCAGAUGAACAACGAGGAACGACAAAAAGUUAUCCGAUUUGUGACAUCCACCCCUCGAGCACCUUUGCUCGGGUUUAGUCAUCUUCAUCCACGCUUCAGUAUCCGAGAUUCCAGCGAAGAUCAGGAACGAUUGCCAAGUACCAGUACCUGUGUGAAUCUUCUAAAAUUGCCACGAUACUCAGAUGCGGAAACGUUGAGGACAAAGCUCCUUUACGCAGUAAGCUCGGGCGCUGGCUUUGAUUUGAGUUGA